AUGUCAGCGUUGAGGAAGAAAUUUGGUGAUGAUUAUCAAGUAGUGACCACUUCGUCCAGUGGCGGCGGGUUCAACCAAGCAGCGCCGGAGAAGAAAAAGAAGAGGCAGCGCUUUGUGGACAAGAACGGCCGCUGUAACGUCCAACACGGAAACUUGGGAGGCGAGACUAGCAGGUACCUCUCGGAUCUCUUCACCACUCUGGUGGAUCUGAAAUGGCGCUGGAACCUCUUCAUAUUCAUCCUCACCUACACCGUGGCAUGGCUUUUCAUGGCGUCUAUGUGGUGGGUCAUCGCCUUCAUUAGAGGAGACCUGAAUCAGGCCCACGACGACAAAUACACGCCCUGUGUUGCUAACGUCUACAACUUUCCCUCAGCAUUUUUGUUUUUCAUCGAGACAGAGGCCACCAUUGGCUACGGCUACAGGUACAUAACAGACAAAUGUCCCGAGGGAAUUAUACUCUUCCUCUUCCAAUCGAUUCUGGGCUCGAUUGUGGACGCCUUCCUGAUUGGCUGCAUGUUCAUCAAGAUGUCCCAGCCGAAGAAGCGGGCCGAGACGCUGAUGUUCAGCGAGCACGCGGCCAUCUCGAUGCGGGAUGGCAAACUCACGCUCAUGUUCCGGGUGGGGAAUCUCAGAAAUAGCCAUAUGGUCUCGGCUCAGAUCCGCUGCAAACUCCUGAAAUCUCGCCAGACACCGGAGGGGGAGUUUCUCCCUCUGGAUCAGCUGGAGCUGGACGUGGGUUUCAGCACGGGCGCGGACCAGCUCUUCCUCGUCUCCCCGCUGACCAUCUGCCAUGUGAUCGACUCCAAGAGCCCCUUCUACGACCUGUCACUGCGCUCCAUGCAGACCGAGCAGUUCGAGAUCGUGGUCAUCUUGGAGGGCAUUGUGGAGACCACAGGCAUGACGUGCCAGGCGCGGACGUCGUACACGGAGGACGAGGUACUGUGGGGCCACCGCUUCUUCCCCGUCAUCUCCCUGGAGGAGGGCUUCUUCAAGGUGGACUACUCGCAGUUCCACGGCACUUUCGAGGUGCCCACACCUCCACACAGCGUCAAGGAGCAGGAGGAGAGUCUGCUGCUGUCCUCCCCACUCACCGCCCCCUCGCUGUGCCACAGAGGAGGAGGAGGUGAGGUUGGUAGUGUUGUACUGGAGGGUUCUGACCUGCAGGGGGAGUCAGAGCCCCCGCCACCCAACGCAGCCGCGAGCGCCACCAAGCUCCCGGCCAAGCUGCAGAGGCUGACGGGGCGAGACAGCAGCGGCGGGAUGCCCACGCCGCGUGCGGGUGAAGGAAUGGGGAUGCCCCGGAAACUGCUGCGCAUGAGUUCGGAGAUCACGUACAACCUGGGCGACCUGCCCGUCAAGCUCCAGCGAAUCAGCUCGGCGCCCGGCGUGGCCGAGGAACGCGGUGGCGGCCUGCACGGCAUCAGCUCGCCGUUGGCCGAGGAGAGACCCGGCGGCGGCAACCUCCUCCUCAACAAGGUGGGGGGGAAAUUGGCGGGGGGCGGCAUGGGGGAGAGCAUGAGCCAAUCGGUGUCGGACUUGCCGCCCAAGCUGCAGCGAAUGGCCGGCGGCGGAGGAGGAGGAGGGGGGAGAGGGGGAGGCAUGGGCGGGCGGCUGGACGGGAACCUGCCGCCCAAGCUGCGGAAGAUGAACUCGGAGCGCUUCACGGGACUGAGCCUCAAAUGAACGAACACUGUCUGUCUGGACACUGUUGCUGGAUCUCAAAUGGUACACUUGUGCACUUCGGGCACUAUGUUUCACUGCGUAACUAAUAAGCCAUACGCACUGAAACAUGAACACUGAAGUGCCUAAGUGCACCAUUAGAGAUCCAGCACGU